CCCUCCUCCCGUCCCCAUUGCAGGUGACCGUUGCUCCUGCGGCCAUCACUAAUGGAUGGCAUCUGUAGAAGUGAAAAGCUCCCGCUGUUCGUGGCCACUGGAAGAGGGUGGCAGUGACCUGAGACACUGAGGCUCUGCCUCUACCCCAGCGGCAAGAACAAGGGCUGGGCAGUGUUUUUCUCCCCCCACCCCAGAUGCACUGAUCACCUGCUGACAUGAGGUUUUUCCUCCAGUAUGCGGGCUGUUUUUUUGCUUUUUUCUCUACUGGGUUUUUGAUAGCAUCUACCUGGACGGACUGCUGGAUGGUGAACGCUGAUGAUUCCCUGGAGGUAAGUACAAAAUGCCGUGGCCUGUGGUGGGAAUGUGUCACAAACGUUUUUGACGGGAUCCAAACUUGUGAUGAGUACGACUCCAUCUUCGCCGAGCACCCCGUGAAGCUGGUGCUGACCCGAGCCAUGAUGAUCACAGCAGAUAUCCUGGCAGGAUUUGGAUUUCUCUUCCUCGUCCUGGGACUGGACUGCGUGAAAUUCCUUCCCGACGAGCCGCUCAUCAAGCUGCGCAUCUGCCUGGUGUCUGGAGUUAUGUUGCUCAUUGCAGGUCUCCCAGGCAUUACCGGCUCGGUGUGGUACGCCGUUGAUGUCUACGUGGAGCGCUCCUCUCUGGUCUUCCACAACGUGUUUCUGGGCAUCCAGUACAAGUUUGGCUGGUCGUGCUGGCUCGGCAUGGCGGGGUCACUCGGCUGUUUCUUAUCGGGGUCCCUGCUCACCUGCUGCAUGUAUCUGUUCAGAGAGACCAGCUCUGGAAGACUCCACUCUGCUUACUCCUUGAGGAAAGGCUAUUCCUCAGCUGGGACAAUCGUAACAAACGUGCAUUUGCCAUCCUCUCAAACAGCUACUGCCAAAAUGUAUGCAGUGGACACCAGAGUGUGAGGAGGAGGUGAGUGCUGCAGAAAGAGCUCCACUUCUGUUUGUAGUGGGUUGCACAGAGAUCCGAGCUCCUGUGGUUGUGAUACAGAUGCCAAGUUAAGUGUCAAGGAUGUACCGUAUGCUACAGUGUUUGCACUGUGAGAGCUUGAAAAAAACCCCCUUCUUUCCAGAGACUAAUCUCCAAGGAUAUCUUGCUUUAGGGAUUCCUGUUGUCUGGAGUGAUGAGGCCGCUUGCAGAAGCAUGGACUGAACUAACCAACACAAACUCUUUCAGCAUUUGGCUCAACAUUAUCGGCACAAGUGAGAUAAAUCCUGGAUCAGACCCCAGUGUUCAGCAUGAAGAUCCCCAAACUGUAAGAUGGAUCUGUUCCGUGUCUGGCAACGUGUCGACAGAACAUGCAAAGCAGAAAACACAGGCAAAGAGAGGGACUGAUUGUCUGGCCAACACCUGGACCCUGCGCACCCAGCAUGGGGGUCUGCUUCUCUGAAAGGCAGCUGGAGAGUUCAGCAGAAGAUAAAGAGCUGCAUUAAAUGCUCGGUCCUCUCUCUGGUCCACAAGCCUCUGCACUGAGGAAACACUGCAAAUUCAGGUGAAUUCUUCCCUGCAAAAUACAAUCAUUCUCAGUAAGUGCUAAAACGUACAUUAAAGAUGCUCUAGACUCACUGAGAUCUGGAAAUUGCCAGCUUCUUUUUGCUUAGGAAAAAUUUUGCCUGGACAAAGACAAAGUGAGUGAAGAUCCAAGAUCUGACCUUGUGCGUGACAAUAUGUCUAUACCAGCUAGAAACUAGGAUAAAUGAUAGUAAAAUCUAUUGUCCCUUUCUAUCAAAAGAUAUUUAAAUUCAAUUCAGGACUGCUAUCCCCUGCUGUAAUCCAAACUGCCAUAGGCUGGGUAAGGCUAGAGCAUCGGCCAUGGGAGGGUGAAAAAACCCCAGCGUGGUUUAACACGUUCCCUAAAAACUGAUGCAAAAGUUAUUCCAUGCUUUUGAAGGGAAAGAGAAGUUGAGGCACAGUUUUCUUGGGGCUGGUAGAAACUGGCCAAAUCCAGUCCUUUCUAGCAUGGGCACCACAUCAUAUGGUCAUGGGUCUCAGCACAGAGAUAUACCUGUUCAGGAGGAAUGGAGAAACAGCAGUGGAGGCUCAGGAGGGUGUGCACACUCAUGGGUACCGAGGCUCCACCAGAGGUAGGCUUCUUCCACUGACUGCUUGGUAGGGGGACUGGACGGAGAAACUCCCUUCCUCCCCCAGGGCACUAUGAUGUGAAGCCUUAUGUUAUGAGGACCAGAGGGAGAUGGGAUGGCUGUGGAUGGAGUGGGCUGUGUCUGAAAGGGUACUUCUGAUAGCCCCUAUUAUGGAAGAUGAAGGGCCGAGUCCUCACGGAUUGUUCUAGAAGCAGCAUCUUGGGCUGCGGCACAGAAGUGACGGGCAAGGGUGAAAACAUAACCCAAUCCUGACAUGGCUCCUAAUCAAAUAACACUCAGACCCUGGGACAGACGGGACAACAGCAUGUCCAUAUGGCUUUGCUACGGGCUCAAGUACCUCCACGAAGCUCAGACCGUAACACAACCAUCUCAGCAAGGGCCCUUGCAGCAGAGCUGAGGCAAAGGAGGCUUUGUGCCUGCAGAGUUCAUGCUGCUUUGGUUGGCAGACAUUUAUGUUAGCCAAACUGAAAGCAACUUAUUGCCAACAGAUAAGCUGUAUUGAACAGAUGUAAACACAGUAGGAGAAGUGACGGAGCCUUUUUUACAAAGUCCUGGGAGACGAGGAGUACAAGAGUUAUGAGCGAUGUGAUGAAUUCAUGGAUUACACCAAGAAUGCACAAAGAGAUCUGGAGGUAAUAGGAAUUUCUGCCUGUUAUUGCAGGAAACUUCACCCAGAGCCUUUUUUUUUUUUUUUUAACUUUCUCAUGUCACGUCAGAAAAAUGUAUUUGCUGUGGGGCUUUUGGAGUGGAAGAACUGGAGCUGGUACGUUGUGCCAGGGGAGGGAAGCUCCGGGGAUAUUUGAGGGUCUGGUUCCUGGGCUGUGUCUCUGCACUCCUGUUCCUUCAGGGACAUGGAGGGAAGGAGAGGGAGGGUGAACCCAUGGCAGAGCUGUGCUCUGCCACUGCUCCGAUGCCUUCAUCCCUGAUCUGAUGCCUUCAUCCCUGCUCCGAUGCCUUCAUCCCUGCUCCUCCCCAAAGAGGCCAAGGCUGUCUCCACGUCCCUGAGGGAGGAGAGAUGCCCCGGCGCUGUGGGCCACCCCAGCCUGAGUCACCCAGCACAGAGACGCUCCUCGGGAGGAGGUAUGAAGCUGACAUCAUCACUUGGACCAAAAUCCUGAAUCAAAUCCUUCCCAGACUAUGCAGCCAGGGCGUUAGCCCUCACCACUAACACUCAGGGACACCCGCCAGCCUCUUGUUGCUUUUUUCUAUAGCUCUUUCUGAGGCAAGAAGAUUAUCUCUUGCUGGGAAGAUUUAUUUCUUGUUUAGCAGAGGAGAAAUAGUCUGGGAUCACCUGCUAAUGCGGGUGUAAUUGCAGAUCAGAGACCACUGAUUUCUCCUUUUUCUCCUGUAAGCUGUAGUUGAGGAGACUUCUGGGCUUUUGUCCUAAUGGUCUUCAGCUGUUUUAAGGUGGUGGGAGGUGCUUUGAGACUUGCAGAGUGUGGGUCACACCAAGCAGUGGCUCAGUGGACACUUCGGGAUUAAAUGUGUAUGCCCUGGUCAGGCGUCAAUAUAGAGGGCUGCUCUCAUUAGUCCCUCCAUCCCUGUGCUCCUCCUGGGAGCCCACAAAUAAGGCACACGCAUACCGCAAAUACUACCUUAACUCAGGGUGCAUCAUCCUUAAAUAUACUUGUAUACAAAGAAUGUUGCAUGCACUUUUGUGAGCCUUUCUCUUCUCCAGUAUCUAUGUGGAAGAAGGGUUAAUACUUUAACCAUGCUCCUGUUCUAGCCAUGCUCUAGGACCACUUUUGAGGAUCUAUCUCCUGCACAAGAGGACUAGGAAAAGGUCACAGCAAGCGUUAGGUUUGCUGGGUUAAUGUUUUGUAAGAACCAGUCCAAUGGUGCAUUGCUUCAUUAUUCAAAUCCUGCUGACAGUCUACCUGAUGUUUUGAUCAGUUGUUAAUAUUUAAUUGUUAAUUCACUGUUUGAUUUAAUUCUGACUCUGAUUUCAUGUCUGCAGUAUUCACUCGUCAUUAGCUCAUUACCAUGCCACAAUGCAGAUCUGUUUUAGUUUGGUUGUUUAUUCAUUAGCAAGAAACCUCCCAGAAAGUGCACAGGAUUUAUUUUUUCUUUCAAAAUCACAACCGGUCUCUAAGGUUACAGACAUUGCAGGUGAACUCAGAUAUUAAGGCAUUUCCUUACUACCUACCUACAUCCCAUUCUGCAGCAGCUCGCUGGCUAUGACAAUAGACUGACUUUGCCUUCCUGGUGGCCAUUGCUGGCUUACCAAGGCUCUUUGCUCAGUUGCAAUUUCCAACUGAGGGCCAACAUUUAAUCCUUUAGUGCCAACAAGCCUUUUAGCCUUUAUUUUUUUGUAUGUUUAGGCAUCCCAGUCUCACUGGUUCAUUUCCCAGGGUACAGGCAGAGCCAGGGACUCAGCCGAGAGCUAGUCUUGUAGGCAAGCUCUUUGCUAAGUUGAUUUCAUGCCUUACAAAUAGGUAUUGAUUUCCCAUUUUGAUAUACGCAAGUAAGAGACAGAAUAAAACAAUGACUUCUCCAGUGGCUGUCCUUUUCUGCAUGCAAUAUUUUGUCCUCUCACUACCUCAAUCAGCCUUGUUCAUAAGGGCUCUUAAUAACGCUUAAUUAGGACUCACUGUGACCUUGUGAACUAGACUAUAUCCUACUGCAGCUGCAUGAAUAUUUUCCAAAAUACGAAUUUCCCUCCUUUUCACGCACAUUGUACUGUGAUUUUUUGUGUGAAUUCAGAAGAUCAGUACAAUUAUUUUCAGUAGAUACGAAUGUCACUUCAGAAUUCUGUUUUCCUUAUAUAUUGUAACAAUUGUGAGAUACAAUAAAUGCUCUUGUCUUUGA